AUGCAGCUCAAAACCCUUACUCUUGCACGGGCUUUGCCUCUGCUUCUCAAUCUCACUAAUCUGGUGGAUGGAGCGUCUCCCAAGAGCCGCAUUGCAAAGAACCUGAAGAGGUACGGCGGCCCGAAACUGGCGACCAACUUCAGCAGCAAUGUCUAUCCAACCGAUUUCGACGGCGUCACCUGGGAUCAAGAUAACUGGCUCCUCUCCACUACAAACCUGGAGCAAGGCCAGUUCCAGUCUCGUGGAUCCGUCGCCAAUGGCUACAUUGGUAUUAGCGUUGCCAGCGUUGGCCCAUUCUUUGAAAUGGAUGGCGAAGACGACGGGGAUGAAGGAACCAGCGGAUGGCCUUUAUUCUCUAAACGUCAAGCCUUCGCGACCGUUAGUGGCUUUUUCGACUCCCAGGCAAAUACCAACUCUUCCAAUUUCGGUUGGCUGUCGCAGUAUGGAUACGACAGUGUGAUCAGCGGUAUUCCGCACUGGAGUGGCCUUAUUCUUGACCUCGGCGACGAUACAUACCUGGACGCAACGGUGGAUAACAACACAAUCUCCAACUUCAGCUCUACCUACGAUUUCAAGGCGGGUCUUCUCACCUGGUCGUAUACCUGGACCCCGGAUGGCGACAAAGGGUCUUUCAAAGUCAACUAUCGUCUUUUCACCAACAAGCUCUACGUCAACCAGGCCGUGGUAGACCUGGAAGUAGUUGCUUCCAAGGACGUGAAUGGAACGGUCGUGAAUGUCAUUGAUGGCACUGCUGCUGUUCGCUCAGACUUUGUCGAGUCGGACCAAGACGAUGGUGCAAUUUUCUCAUCCGUGCGACCAAAUGGAAUCAACAAUGUCACUGCCUACGUCUACGCCAAUGUGACCGGAAACGCUGGUGUUGACCUGUCAACACUCCAGGUGGUCACUGAUGCGUCAUAUCUCAGUAACAAUGACUCAUCUAUAGCACAGUCCGUUGAUGUGAAGUUUACCGCUGGGCAAUCCGUGAGAGUGACCAAGUUCGUCGGCGCCGCAUCGACCGAUGCAUUUGCGGACCCGAAGAAGGUGGCCAAGGAAGCUUGUUCUACUGCGAUGAAGAAUGGAUGGGCCAAGUCACUUCGCGCGCAUGUCACCGAAUGGGCAAGCGUAAUGCCAGAUGACUCUGUCGAUCACUAUACUCUCCCUGGAAAUGGAUCCCUCCCCGCAGACAGCAUCAUCAUCGACACCGCCAUUAUUGCCGUUGCCAACACAUACUAUCUGCUACAAAACACUGUCGGCAAAAAUGCCAUCAAGCAAGCGAACAGCACUGCGCUCAACCGAGAUAGCAUUUCAGUUGGUGGAUUGACCUCCGACUCGUACGCUGGACAGGUUUUCUGGGACGCCGAUGUCUGGAUGCAGCCGGGUCUCACGACAUCGCAUCCCGAAGCUGCUCAGCGUAUUACCAACUACCGUCUGGAUAGGUAUGCACAGGCGCAGGAGAACAUCAAGACAGCAUAUGCGGGUUCCCAGAACAAGACCAGCUUUUCCCCCUCUGCUGCCGCGUAUCCCUGGACAAGUGGGCGGUUUGGUAACUGCACAGCUACUGGCCCUUGCUGGGACUAUCAGUAUCACCUGAACGGAGAUAUUGGCAUCUCCAUGGUCAAUGAGUGGGUAACUAGCGGCGACACCAAAUUCUUCAAAGAGAACCAUUUCCCUAUUUAUGACUCUGUGGCUACUCUCUUCACCGAUCUCCUGGUACGGAAUGGGUCUUAUUGGACGCUGACCAACAUGACGGAUCCGGACGAGUAUGCGAAUCAUGUCGAUGCAGGUGGCUUCACUAUGCCACUUAUCGCAGAGACUCUUCGCCAUGCCAAUUCCUUCCGCCAGCAAUUUGGACUCGAAGAAAACUCCACCUGGGACGAUAUAGCUGAUAACGUCUUGAUUCUCCGCGAAAGUGGAGUGACGCUUGAAUUCACGACUAUGAAUGGUAGUGCCGCGGUGAAGCAGGCUGACGUGGUUCUAAACACCUUCCCUCUGGAUUAUACUGCGAACUACACUGCCCAAGAUUCGCUAAAUGACCUCGACUACUAUGCCAAUAAGCAAUCUCCCGAUGGGCCGGCUAUGACUUGGGCCAUUUUCUCUGCUGUUGCGAAUGAGAUGUCACCCUCGGGCUGCUCGGCUUACACAUACGGAUUGUAUUCGUUCAAACCCUAUACUCGAGCACCCUUCUACCAAAUGUCCGAACAACUAAUCGACGAUUCAACUAUCAACGGCGGCACCCACCCUGCUUUCCCUUUCCUGACAGGACACGGUGGUGCCAAUCAGGUCGCCAUCUUCGGAUAUCUGGGUCUUCGUUUGCUCCCUGAGGACUUCCUGCGAGUUGAUCCCAAUCUGCCACCGCAGAUUCCUUACUUGAAGUAUCGCACAUUUUACUGGCGUGGAUGGCCCAUCUCCGCUUGGUCCAACCACACGCACACCACAAUCAGCCGAUCUAACUCGACGCCUCUGGAAACUGCAGACCUACGCUUCGCCAACAAGACCAUUCCCAUCCAUGCGGGUCCCGACGAUGACAUCACCGUUCACAACCUGCAGCCCAAGGGCUCAGUCACUCUGCAAAACCGCCAGAUUGACCUCAAGAAGACCGUGGAUGGAAAUCUCGUGCAAUGCCAAUCUGUUCAGUCCGAGAGCGCCUACGAGCCUGGCCAAUUCCCAAUCUCGGUCAACGACGGUGCUACUUCGACAAAGUGGCAGCCUUCGUGGGCGGAUAAUGUGAGCGCGAUCACAGUGUCCUUUGGCAAAGAAGCAGGAUCUCUGGUCUCAGGCUUCUACUUUGAUUGGGCACAAGCACCUCCCGUCAAUGCGACUGUCGUCUUCCACAACAAAACCCUCGGCAGUGCAGAUAUCACAAUGGGGAGCCAAGAAUCAGACUACCAGGUGAUUUCUACACUGAGCAAUGUCAAUCUCUCGGACCCAUACGAUGCAAACAAGACCAAUCUGGACGCUAUCGCCAUGCCCGUCGGAAACACUACUAAUGUCACCCUGCCUUCCGCAAUUCCCGCCGCUAGGUACGCGUCUCUGCUUAUCGUGGGCAACCAGGCCCUGGACUCUGCCGAUAUUGAAGCGAGGAAUGGCACCGGUGCCACCGUGGCUGAAUGGGCAAUCCUUGGUCAAACGCAAGGUACCGGUAAUUCCUCCAGCGUGGGGACUGCUAAGCGGAUGAAGCUGCGGACGGCAGGACUGUCGGACUCGGGCUCCUUUAUGCGUCGUCGUCGCGAGCUUUUCGUUUAA